CUUACCACGACUUAACCUCACGCAAAGUCAUGUUCGACUUCGGGCGCCGAGUCUGCCUAGGCGCUGUCCUGUCAUGGAGUAAACCCUUGAGCCUGACGAUGCUUAUAUACAGCAAUGCCAGGAGCUCAUUUCGUGGAAGCGUCAGCGUUCCCGAUGAUGUCGUGCAUUCUCGCCACUUUCGACAUCUCGAAGGCCAUAGACGAGAAUGGGAAAGAGACCAAUCUGCCCGCUGCCUAUCUCACUGCGGCAACAAGCUGUAUACUGCUCUAUAUGAUAAAAUGAAUAUAUGACCAG